CGCCCACUGCACGUGCUCAGUCGCCACUUCCGGCCUCACCUCCCAUCUGGGAAGAUGGCUGAAGAAUCUGAGGUUGUGCUCCCGCUUCCUACUUCCUCUGCCGCAGGUGGUGAAGGACUUACAGAAGUCUCCCCAGAAACUGUCACCCCUGAGCCUCCUUCUUCUGCUGCCGUCUCCCCGGGGACAGAAGAACCUCCUGGAGACACCAAGAAAAAGAUUGAUAUCCUUCUCAAGGCUGUGGGAGAUACCCCUAUUAUGAAAACAAAGAAGUGGGCUGUAGAGCGAACCCGAACCAUCCAAGGACUUAUUGACUUCAUCAAAAAGUUCCUUAAACUUAUGGCCUCAGAACAAUUGUUUAUUUAUGUGAAUCAGUCCUUUGCCCCAUCCCCAGACCAAGAAGUUGGAACGCUUUAUGAGUGUUUUGGUAGUGAUGGUAAAUUGGUCCUACAUUACUGCAAAUCUCAAGCUUGGGGAUGA